CAGCACCAUAGAUCCAACAGAGUAAGGAAGUUUGUGACUACAGACUGUGGCUGCCCACUGGUAGUGCAAUGUCAUAAUAAAGGAAGCUGCAUUCAAGGACCUGUUCAGAAGUUGUCUUGGCUUCAUACUAAUUUUAUAACAAAGCAAAGAAUAUAUUUAGUACUGACAGUGCCAUCACGAUCAGAGUCAAUUCUCUUUUCUCUGCAGGUAUAUAUGGGAAAUAUUUAAUAACCAUUUCAGGUUGUUGUUACAAAGAGAGGCUGGUUAUUUUGACAAUGAUCAUGUGGUUUGCCUGUCCACAUCAAUUUACUGAAAUUUAUUUUAUUGUAAGAGUUGGACUGAUCAAGAAUGAAAAUGAUGUCAGUUGAAUUUCCAGAAAUUCUCAAACCCUGUGCAGUUGGCAGCAUUCAUACAGCAGCUUUGUACAAUCUUGAAAAGGUCUUGAAGUAAAAAGUUAUUGAAUUUGCUAAAGGGCUUUGAAAAGUACUGGAUUCCUUUAUUGGGUCUUCAAAAGUCCUUGAAAUUCAAUACCUUGUCUACUCCACACUGUUUCCUGUGAAAUUAGAUUAUCUCACAGAGGAAAAUUUGGCUCGUCCUUGGUGUAAGAACCUGUAAAACUCACGGGUAAUCUAAUAGAGUACUAAAGUGUGACGUCAUAAAGAUGAAAUUUCUGAAAUUAUGGGAUUUGUCGGGAUAUUCUGAAAGAACAAGAGAGCCUACUUGCCAAAAAUGAGCAUUUCGGAGCAAAUUGUCUCUGAGAUCGUAGCCCAGUUACGCUUAGAAAACUCCAUACAAACCCUUCUAAAUUAUUUUUGGGUCGACCCAAAAAUCAAUUAGAAGGGUUUGUAUGGAGUUUUCUGAGUAUAGCCGGCUAACAUCUCAGAGACAAUAUUUGCCCCGAAAUGCUCAUUUUUGGCAAGUAGGCCUCUUGGACAUUGUUCUUUCAGAAUAUCCUGACAAAUCCUAUAAUUUCAAAAAUUUCAUUUUUAUGACGUCAUCACUUUAGUACUCUAUUGUUACAACAUUUUUGUGCAUAAACAAUAUAAUUUUUAUUUCUGUUUCCUUAUUUCAAAUGUUAUUUCUGUACCUCAGAUGCAACUUCAAGUCAUACCCAGUCGUUGCAAAGUGUUGUCACCGAAAGUGGUAUGGCUGAAGAAGUGAAAAUGGUAAAUGACUCCAUAGUUCAAAAAGGGGAUAAAAAUGCUGAUUUAUCGAAUAAGUCUUAG